AUGACUUUUUUAUUGCAGUACAACAAGUUCAAGUGCCGAAUUUUGAACGAGAAAGUCAACACACCUACUACUACUGUAUACCGGUGUGGGCCUCUGAUCGAUCUCUGUCGAGGACCACACGUGAGACACACUGGCAAGAUCAAGGCCCUGAAGAUCUAUAAGAACUCAUCCACGUACUGGGAGGGCCGAGCCGACAUGGAGACGCUCCAGCGCCUCUAUGGCAUCUCCUUCCCCGACUCCAAGAUGAUGAAGGAGUGGGAGCGCUUCCAGGAGGAGGCCAAGAGCCGGGAUCACCGCAAAAUUGGCAAGAGGCUGUGGGAGUCUGGCCACUGGCAGCACUACAGCGACAACAUGUUCUCCUUCCCUGUGGAGCAGGACAUCUUCGCGCUGAAGCCCAUGAACUGCCCGGGGCACUGCCUGAUGUUCAGCCACAGGCCGCGGUCCUGGAGGGAGCUGCCCCUGCGGCUGGCGGACUUUGGGGUCCUGCACAGGAACGAGCUGUCGGGGGCGCUGACCGGGCUCACCAGAGUGCGCCGCUUCCAGCAGGACGAUGCCCACAUCUUCUGCGCCAUGGAGCAGAUCGAGAACGAAAUGAAGGGCUGUCUGGAGUUCCUCCGCUGUGUCUACGCCGUCUUUGGGUUUUCCUUCCAACUGCACCUCUCCACCCGGCCAGAGAAGUUCCUGGGAGACAUCCAGAUCUGGGACCAGGCUGAGAAACAACUGGAGAACAGCCUGAAUGAGUUUGGGGAGCCGUGGAAGCUGAACCCUGGAGACGGGGCUUUCUAUGGGCCCAAGAUUGACAUCAAGAUCAAGGAUGCCAUCGGGAGGUAUCACCAGUGUGCCACCAUCCAACUGGACUUCCAGCUGCCGAUCCGCUUCAACCUGACCUUCGUGGAUAAGGAGGGCAACGACAAAGUAAGACCAGUUAUCAUCCACCGGGCGAUCCUGGGCUCUGUGGAGAGGAUGAUUGCCAUUCUCACGGAGAACUACGCUGGCAAGUGGCCGCUCUGGCUGUCCCCCAGGCAGGUGAUGGUGGUGCCGGUGAACCCCGCCUGCGAACCGUACGCCCAGCAGGUGUGCCAGCAGUUUGUGGAGGCAGGAUUCAUGGCAGAUGUCGACCUGGACUCCAGCUGUCUGCUGAACAAGAAAAUCCGCAACGCGCAGCUAGCCCAGUACAACUUCAUACUGGUGGUGGGCGAGAAGGAGAAGGCGACGGGUGCGGUCAACGUGCGAACCCGCGACAACAAGGUGCACGGAGAGCUGGCCCUCGCGGAGGCCCUGGCCAGGCUGCGCCGGCUGCGGGACUCGCGCUCCAGGAGGGCCGAGGAGGAGUUCUGAGGCUGCAGCCCGUUUCCCAGCACAGAGUCCCGCCUCUGCCCCUGUGUGACUGCUGACUAAAAAUAAACCUACAGGCAUGACUUCCCCUUCCACUGUUUGGAGAAACUCUUGUAUCUUGUGACAUUCCACAAGGCAUAGAAUGUUUUUACAGUAAGACAGGACACCUCCUGAAGAAGGGAUUUCUGUUAAAGAGAAGGAAAUGGGGGGGGGAAGGUUGGAGAAGACCAACGACCUCCAAAAAGUCUCCAUACAUUUCUGAAACAAAAGAUUAGGAUUAAGCAAUGCAGACAGAUUAUUUUCUGGUUUUGAAAGGUACUGGUAUGGAGUUUGAAAAUGUAAUUAACACUGAAGAAUGUGUGAGUGAUACAUUUUAGAAAUGUAUAACUGAUGAUGGUGAGGUCUCGGCAUUCUGCAAAAAAAAAAAGACGACCAAAGCCCAAUACAAUAAACUUCAACAAGUGGUACUGUGA